AUGGAGGAGAAUAUGAACGCUAUAUUGCCCUCAGAAGGGCCUGAUUGUAGCCGAAUUAUAAAGGAUGUAUCCUCAUUCCAGCUGAGGAAGGAUCCUGAUUUUAUCCAGACCAGGCUGAUUGCAUUUGACACCUUGUACGAGCGUCAGAAAAAGCGUAUCGACGAAUUAGAUAAGCGUGACAUUAGUGUUAAGUUGGAGGUCCCAGGAAAACAAGAUGAAACUAUCAAUGGCAGGUCGUGGGUAACAUGCCCGGCUGAUGUUCUUAACCGGCUGAACAAGGCCGAUUCCAAGGGAAUCAUUGUAUCCGAGGUCCUUCCCCUUGAGCCAAUAGUGGACACGGUUGCAGACAUUGAGAAUGAUGAUGAGCAACAAGAGGAGUGGAUUAUGUGGGAUUUGUUCAGACCACUCGAAGGUGACUGCAGGCUACGAUUCCAUAGUUUUGAUUCCCCCAAGGGGCAACAUGUCUUUUGGCACUCUUCGGCACACAUGCUCGGUUCCGCGCUAGAGACCUUAUAUGGAGCGUACAUAACUAUAGGACCGGCUCUAAGUAAGGGGUUUUAUUACGACUGUUAUAUAGGCAACAAUAGUUUUAAACCAGAAGAUAUGGAACACAUACGCAAUGAAGUGUCAAAAAUGGCCAAGGUAAAAUCACCCUUCCAACGGCUUGUCUGUACUAAGGAGGAGGCUCUGGAGCUCAUGAAACACAAUCCCUUCAAAGUUGAUCUCAUACGUAGGAAGGUACCGGAUGGGUCCAACACGGUUUGUUAUCGUUGCGGGAACUUUGUUGAUCUGUGCCGUGGACCUCAUUUGCCUUUUACUUCUUCUGUUUCACCCAGGGCAUUCGCUGUCACGAAAUUUUCGUCGUGCUAUUGGCUCUCUAAAAGCACAGCAGACACACUUCAACGGGUAUAUGGUAUAUCGUUUCCGAAGGAGGAACAAUUGAAAGCCUAUGAACGCCGCAUAGAAGAAGCUAAACAUCGGGACCACAGGGUUAUAGGCACAAAGCUUAACCUUUUCCAUUUCGAUAACAUUCACUCACCCGGAUCGUGUUUCUGGUUACCAAAUGGUGCAAAGAUCUACAAUCGUCUCGUGGACUUCAUGCGUGAGAACUAUCGAUUAAGGGGUUACCAGGAAGUCAUUACGCCAAAUAUUUACUCUUGUGAACUAUGGAAGACAUCUGGACAUUAUGAUAACUACAAGGAAAACAUGUACAUGUUCAACGUGGAUGAAACAGAAUGGGGAAUUAAGGGUAUGAAUUGUCCGGGGCAUUGCCUGAUGUUUAGGUAUCUCAGCCCAUCGUACAGACAGUUACCAUUGAGAUUUGCCGACUUCGGGGUGCUCCAUCGAAAUGAGCUCACAGGGAGUCUCAGUGGCCUAACCCGGGUUCGGCGGUUCCAGCAGGACGAUGCUCACAUCUUCUGCACAGCGGAGCAAAUAUCAGGGGAGGUGCUGUCUAUUCUCCAGUUUAUUGACGAUGUUUAUUCGCUUUUUAAUUUUAAAUACAGUUUCAAAUUAUCGACGAAACCACCGAAAGCAUUGGGCGAUGAUGAACUUUGGGAAAAAGCUGAAUCCGGGCUUAGGGAUGCACUUGAAAGGUGUGGUAGGCCCUGGACCUUGAAUCCAGGAGAUGGUGCUUUUUAUGGCCCCAAAAUUGACGUCAUUUUAUUGGACUGUCUCGACAGAGAGCACCAAUGUGGGACCAUACAGCUUGAUUUCAACCUACCUAUACGGUUUAAUUUGGGGUAUCGUGACAAGGAGGAUGGUGAGAGCACGGAUUGCAAGCGUGGAUUUUCCAGACCUGUUAUCAUUCACCGGGCAAUUUUUGGUUCCCUAGAGCGUUUUAUUGCCAUUGUAAUUGAGCAUUUAAAGGGCAAAUUGCCGUUUUGGCUAUCUCCAACUCAGGUGGCUAUCUUACCGAUUUCCGAUAAGCACAUGCCAUACGCUAACAGCAUACAUGAGAAAUUGCUGCACCUCGAUGGGAGCGCAAACACCAUGAACAAAAAGAUAAAGUCUAACCAAGACCAACGCUACAACUACAUGCUGAUCAUUGGAGAUCGUGAGGUUGAAACGGGGACGGUUUCGAUGCGAUCUAUGGACAGCCAGGCCAACGAAACGCUUAGUCUCGAUGAUUUGUAUGCACGGUUGGCCACGGAGGCCGACGCAUACAAGAAAAACAUUAAGUGCUUCCAUUUGGGAAAAUGA